GAUAGUGCACGGAUAACAGAAAAAUUGGCCCUGAUCUACUUACACCCUUGGAGUAUGAGGGAACUCUGCCAGGCUAGCCUGAGAGUCUGUACGUUAAACUCUUGUUCAUGCAAGCACAUCGGAAUCACAGUAAUAUGCAUAUAUAUCGUCAAGAAUAUUUGGUUUGCCAGAUUCCUAGUGGGAUUCAAUGAUUGGUUUCAGAGCUCGAGAGCCUGCCAGACGAAGGGAACUCACAGGAUGAGAUUGGUUGAAGUGGGUGACGCAACUUGUACUCGCUCGACAUCAACAACGACGAACGUCAUAUAUAUCUAUCUGCAUACACCUGUAGUGCCUCUCAAACAGCCAUCGUCAACGAGAUCACUAGUGUUCACUGUUUCUGGAAGCACUGGUAACCUUUUCCAGAAGCAGCGCCGUACUCAGCUGCAGACACGAAUGCAACUGCGGGAACGUAAAGUAGGCGAUGCGAAGGGUCGAGUCAAGUUGUCUAUGUUUAUGAGCAACUCAAGCAUAGACUAGACGUCUGAUGCGGCAUGAACAUUGAAGACCUGUUCUGUAAUGAGCGUUUUCAUUCGAGGCCAGCGCCAGGCAUGCGGCCAUGUGUUUGGAUACCGCCCCACGCCUCCAGAAGGAUCCAGCAAGAAUGCUUACUGAGCUUCGGGGCGCUGUGGCGAUGAGCGGCUGGAUAUUUAAACUCCGCCACGUCCCAAUAUAUAUGGCCCCGUUAUCUAGGCGUUUCCCUACAAU